UACCUCAUGUGAACUGGUUAUUAGAAAUGUAUAAAACGUCGAGGUCGGGUGUUAUCCAAAAAAUCGAAAUUAUGCUAACUGUUCGUGAAGGCGUAAUUUUGAACACUACUUCUAAAUAAAACUGUCAAAGUCCAUUUCCACUGCCACCCCAAUGUACACCAAUCAGAUAGUAAUGAUUGUAUACAAUAUAUGUCAAACUUUCGAGACGGUCUUGUGGUCUGGUAAUUUAUAUUCAGUUCGAGGUGCAAACUUGUCCCGUCGUUCUUUUCAUCCUCGCUAGGGAUGGGCGAACGGCUCACGAGCCGUUCAUAUGAACCGGUUCUUAGGAAAGAGCAAAAGAACGAACGGCUCACGAAAAAGAACUGUUUGGUUCGCGCCCGAAGUUUACUGAGACAACACGAACUGUCAACGCUCGUGAAUCAUUGUGAACCAUGAGUCGGUUUAGAGCCGCUCUUGCAAAAGAGCCGUUUCACCCACCCCUAACUCUAUAUAUAUUUAACAACGCAUGCGUAUUAGCCAAAUUUCAUACGGGUUUGUCUAUUGAUGUCGCGUUUACAAAGGCAAAAAAUGGUUACUGCGUUAAAAAUACUGGAGGGACUUAAUUUGGCUGCGGAUUGUUCUUUUUCAACUCGACGACAAGGUUAUCCAGCUUCCCUGACCUACAGAAAACGUCAAGAUGGGCUGCGUGCACUAUACGCCAUUACCGUUCGUGAAAAGCUGGAUAUGCUGGAUAUGGGGGUGGUGACAUACUCAUGAAAAAAGUUGUCAUGGACGUAGACAAUUGUUUGAACCAACAAAAACAUUUGAAAUGCGUUUUUCUCGGUUUCAUGUCUAUUGAAUUUUAGCCCAUUCUUCAACUAUGGACAUCCCGGUUAAAAAUUGACACAUUUUUCAGAUCAGUGUCCGAAUUCCGAGCACACACUUCUUCGGAGAGAAAAAAAUUUCGUAUACUAUCAAUAAAGAAAUUUUCUUCUCUUCAAAGAAAAGUGUUCUCGGAAUUCGGCCGCAGAUUACGUUAGCAACAAUAAAUGCAAUCACUAUUGUUUUCAAUCCGUUUUGCACACAUUUAUUUUUCAGGCGGAAAAAAACGAUCUUGCCAUCCGAAGGAUCGAUUCAGCAGAAGAUCGCGCGCAGAGAAAUCGAUUAAAAAAAUCGAUGAAUCGACUAGAAAAGAUCGAUUUUGCAAAAAUCGGAUCGAUCUUGCCCAUUGCUAGGUGGAACUUCGGCUUCGGCUUCAUCUGGCAACGUCCGCAUACAGUCCCUAUAUUUACAGUCUGGCGGACAGAAAAUCAUGCGAUCUGGCAACGGGUUAAUUCGAUCAAAAUAGUUGGCAACUGCAGACAAAGUUCAAACCAUUGAAAACCUUUUUCUUUGUGAUCAAUAAUGUUUAAACUUUUGUGAAUUUUCUCCCGAUAUUACCGAAAAAAAUGAAGUGUUUCUAUUACAAAUGUUCGAACAGCUCUCGGUGUCAGAUGAAAAAUGUAGCGUUCUUCCGUUUUCCUAAAUUAGAAGAUUUAAGAAGUAGGUGGUUAACUUUUUGUAAUCUUCCUAUUGAGACUGUAGUUCCAGAAAAGCCAGGCUGUGCAGCUUGCAUUUUGAUGAGCAUCAUGUAUAUUUAUCUCCGGCUGGUAAGAUUCUAAAAACGAGCAAGGCCGUUCCUAUAUUUGAAAAUGUUCCGCAACUAUGCUCUGAAGGGCGAAUGAAAAAACAAACUCUUUGGAAAUGGUAAAGGAGAACAUUGUUCCGGGCGAAUCUGAUACCGUUGUCAAUUGCAAAAAUUGCACAGAUAACACAAGUUCAUUACAAGAGAACCAGUCAUUAAAACGAAAGCUGAAAGAUGUGGAAACUGUUAUGAACCCCGACCAGUUUCAAUUGAUCACAGAGAAUAUUAAAAAAAUCAAACGAUGGUCUGAUCAGAGCAUUACGGAAGGUCUGCGAUGUAAAUUCUCGUGUGGCUCGACGGCGUACGAAACAGAGAGAAAGAAAAGAUUCUUGCCUAGUGGACGUACACUACGAGAACGUCUGCAGAAUAUUCAUUUCGAGAGCGGUGUACUCGAAGAAGCUUUUGUUUUACUUGAGCAUAAAGUACCAAGAAUGAAAGAUACUGAUAAAAAUUGGCUUAAGGCUCGAUGGAAGCAGCUUGUAGCAUACUACUACACUAGGGAUUCAAUCAACAAUGGCUGUUUGAAAUCUAUUUUAUUUGAUGUCAUUCGGAAAACUGAGUCUACGGGGUUGCGUGUGCAUGCAGCUGUUAGUGAUUGCGGGGGCAAUAAUAAAAAACUGUGGAACGACUGUGGAAUCCAACAUGCCAGAGAGAAUGUGCUUUUUAAUAAACCCAUCGAGCACCCCUGUGACAAAUCUCGUACUCUCGAGAUUAUGCCUGAUAGCGUACACGUUAUGAAAAGUAUGAUCCAAGGUUGGGUCGCCAAUGGUACAAUCCAGAUUGAUCAGAUUACUAUGGAAUCCAAUGGACUUCAUACGCCUACUGCUGAUAUUAAUCCUUUGAAGGAGCUUGUAAUGUUUGAGAAGGGCUGUGAUCUACGAAUGACAUGCGGGUUGAGGAUGGAAGAUGUGGAUUUUUCAAAAAAAGCCUCGAACUUCGACAAAAUGAAGGUCAUUAACUCUACAAAGUACGCUAAUCAUGGUGUGGCGGCUGCUUUAAGAAUAUUCGGAGCAGAAACCGGACGGAAAGAUGUUUUAACAAUAGCUUUUUUGAUCGACCAAAUUGCAAACUGGUUUACAUACAUGACCACUCGUUCAAUCCAGCUGGCCUUUAGUUACCGUAAUGAAACAGCCUACCAAAAACUAAUCUCUUUCUUCGAUUCGUUUCGGUCAAUCAUCUUCAACUGCAAAGUUGGUGCUAAAGGCUGGCGCAAACCAUGGCAAUCUGCGGUCGUGAUGGCAACUGAUAGCAUGAUUAGGAUUCAAGAGUUUUUACUAAGUCAUAAAGGUUUCGAUUUUUUCUUGGGUGGUCGGUUGACACAAGAUUGUGUGGAAAAUGUGUUUUCCCAGCUUCGAAGUCGCCAGAUGCGCCCAAAUGCACUGCAGAUCAAGGAUAGUCUGAAACUGCUGGCAGUUUCACAAUACCUGAACGAUAUUGCUGAAACGUCAUACGAGUGGGACAACAGUAAGUGGCUUCUUGAAUUUUCUAAGAAAGCUGGAUCUAACAGAACACUUGGAGCCAAAAGAGAACUUAAAGAUAAUAAGAUCGAACAAUCAGUUAACGUUCAUAAAAAGUAUCAAUGCGACGAGGACGACAUAAUUGAGGAAUGCGAUACCCUUUGUUACCGUUCUUGUGAGCAGAAGGUAGUGUACAAUGUUGCUGGUAUGAUUAUGCAUAAGAUUCCAGAGCAUUCUCGAGUCUGUAUGAAAUGCUUGAGAAGUUGCAUUCCAAGUGAAUUCCCGUUAGAUGAUAUAACCACAGACUAACAGACAUAACACGUCGAACAAAUUUUCAAGAACAUCAUCGUUUGGAUGAUUCCAGUACUUUACGUUAGUAACACUAGCACCAUCUGCUGUCGUGUUCGCGCUGCGUCAUGUAUUUCGACAUCAGCGCCAGCGUUACUGCAUGUGUCAAAUGGAGAACUACAAAAUAUGUAUGAGAUUUCAUGACAGCGCCCCAGACGACGAUUUCGCGCGAUGACUGUUAUUCGAUUGAAAAUUUGAAAUGAACGUUUUUUGUGGCGAUGGAGCUAGGUCCAGUGUUACGUCUGUUAGUCUGUGAUAUAACUCUACUCACCAAGCUCAGAGACUAUACCGGAGAUGCAUUGGUAUACGUAAACAUAGAUACGUAUAAUUUUCUAACGGAGCUGGAGGAAAUAUUCAAAGGGAACAUUGAACAACUCAAAAUAUCCAAUUCAAAUCUGGACCAAAAACUUUUCGAGCUAAUGUCAGAUGUUCCAGCAGCUCACAUGUCAAAAUGCCACAAUAUCAGAGAAAAAAUUAUUCGCAAAUAUAUUCUAUUUCGUUUGCGAAUCAGCCGGGAAUAUUUUCCUCGUGAUACGCGUCACGACAGUAGGUCAAUGGCAGUUUAAAAUGCAAUAAGUUUUUGCAAUUAGUUUUUGUGGAGUUAGAUAGCACACAGGAGUUAAACAAACGGUGAUACCGUGACAUGAUACUCACUAGAAAGCGAAGGUUCGAAUGAUCGUUUUUGCUUCGCUGAAUUCCAAUUGCUAAGCCUGUGCUACAGUUGUUCGA